AUGCCAAGACUAAUUUUAGCCAUCCUGAUAAUUUCCAUGGCGGCUACAACCCCACCAGCCCAAGCCCAACCCCCAACCAACUGGGCCAAAAGGCUGAACCCCGGCGGCGGGCCCGAAUCCAUCACCAACCUCCGGUUCUACUUCCACGACAUCCCGAGCGGGCAGAACCCGAGCGCGGUCCAGAUCGUCAAGCCGGCGACAGCCGGAACAUCCAACAACAGCUUCUUCGGCAUGGUCAUGAUGACCGACGACGCGCUGACCGUUGCCGCCGACGCGGGCUCCAAGCUCGUGGGCCGGGCCCAGGGGAUGUACACCUUCGCCAGCCAGAGUGACCUCACAGUGCUGAUGGCCAUGAGCUUCGGGUUCACGGACGGGCCUUACAACGGCAGCUCCCUCGUCGUCGUGGGCCGGAACCCGAUUCUGGAGACGGACCGGGAGCUGCCCGUUCUGGGCGGCACGGGCCGGUUCAGGAUGGCACGUGGCUACGCUCUUGUGAAAACGGUGUCGGCUGAUGCCAAUGGAAAUGUUGUUGUGUACUACAAUGUUACGGUUUAUGCUCCGGCUUCCGGUGACGAUGAAUAA